GGCCAAACCAUUUAUUUUGUUUGAACCAAAUAAUUCUAAACAUCCUGCCUGACAUGAUUUCUUGGCCCCUGCCUCUCUUCACGCACGAAAAAACCAGCAAAGGAACUGAGACCUUAACACAAAAAUAAAUGGGAGGUGGAACACACCUCUCGGUACAGAACAUUUUCACCAGCCGGCUUCAUACAUAAGGCACUUUUUGGAGAGAAGGUAUGGGGGUGGGGAGAGAAGGGGCACAUUCAGAUGUAACAAAAUCUGAUUUGCAGUAUGGGUUUAAUAACAGAGCAGACAAACGAGGCUGAGAAAUUACACAGGGUGCCUUAAAUCCAGGUAAUUACUUUUUCUUAGAGUUGGAAGGCACUUAAAUGACUUUUUAUGCAACCUCCCCUCUCAAUCUUAAUGUCAGGGUUUUAGUAGCAGCAGAGCCUCCUUUGCUAAGCGGCGCGGUGUCCUCGUCCAGCCUCGCUCCCGCCCGGCCGCAGCCCGCCUGGCACCCAGCCCUGCCCAGGUGCGCGAGUGAGAGGCAAGGGCUGCGCCCGCGGCGACGCCGGCUGCCUUCCUCCUCCGCCCGGUGCACCUGCUCGGCGUCUCGCAGUCUCCGCGGCCGCUCCGGGGCCGGGGCCCCGCUCGCCGCACGAGCCCCUCGGUCAGCCCGUCGGGCCCCGCGGAAGCGGCCCGACCCCCGGCGGGCGCGGCGGGCGAGCGCUCGCAAUCACAUGGAGGCCCGGGCCCGCCCCAUUGGCUGCGGCCGGGCCAGUCGCAGCGCUCGCAGGCUGCGGUUGGUCCCGGAGCUGCAGCGCCUGCACGGGCCCGGAGUCCAUGUUACGCUUUGUCUAAUUCCCCUCGUUACAGAGUCAUGUGCUGCUGC